AUGGGUCUCUCCCGGUCGGCCAGGAUCACCAUCCUCCUCGUCAUCGAUGUCAGCUUCUUCUUUGUCGAGCUCAUCGUCGGAUACGCGGUUGGAUCCCUGGCUCUCGUCGCGGACAGUUUCCAUAUGCUCAAUGAUGUCAUGAGCCUGCUGGUUGCUCUAUAUGCUAUCAAGCUCACGAAUGAGAGCUCGUCCCCAGACUCGCGAUAUUCAUAUGGGUGGCACCGUGCAGAGAUCCUUGCGGCCCUCAUCAAUGGUGUCUUCCUCCUUGCCCUUUGCCUGUCCAUUUCGCUGGAAGCUAUCGGUCGGUUCUUCACUACGCCAGACAUCUCGAACCCGAAGCUUGUUGUCAUUGUGGGAUCUUUGGGCCUAGCAUCGAAUAUAGUCGGUCUCUUCCUGUUCCAUGAGCACGGUCAUUCGCAUGGUCACUCACAUUCACACUCCCCUUCACCUCGUUCUUCCAAAGCUACUUCUCGCGCGUCUAGCAUCGCCGCAUCCUCGAGCACAGAGAACCUUCGGGAUGGAGAUAUAACACCAACCCCGAAGCAAAGCAUUCCGAUUCGAGGCCGCUCUCCUGUCCGUCACCAGACACAUUCCCCCGCAGAAUCCUUCUCCCUCUACGGCCAUCCUGCUGCCACGCGCGCUUCACUCGUGCAAACGGCCCACGAAAUCGCGCGAUCGUCGAUCGAUUCCGUUUCCUCCCCUCUUCCGACCCCCGCUCCCGGCCAACAUCUUGUGCCAGUCCCACCAACGCCCUCAGAGCCUUCGCCUCUCAACGGUACCAGUGAGGGUACCCCGCUUCUCCACGAUGAUGAUGACGGCCACGAUCACAAGCACGGACACGGCCACGCGCAUGGUUCUAUGAACAUGCGAGCACUUGUCCUCCAUGUGCUCGGCGACGCGCUUGGCAACGUGGGCGUCAUCGCCACAGGUCUUAUCAUCUGGUUGACAGAGUGGAAGUACAAGUUCUAUUGCGACCCGGUGAUCAGCUUGGUGAUAACUGUUAUCAUUUUCUCGAGUGCUCUACCGUUGGUCCAGAGCGCGUCCUUUAUCCUUCUGCAGGGAGUUCCCUCUACAGUCUCGCUGGAAGAAGUCAGGGAUUCCAUACUGGACGUGGAUGGCGUGCUUUCUUUGCACGAGUUACAUGUUUGGCAACUCUCCGAAAACAAACUUGUAGCGUCCGUCCAUGUCCUUGCGUCACGGAACCACGACUUUAUGCCUAUUGCCGUCAAAAUCCGCGAAGUCCUCCAUCACCUCGGCAUCCAUUCAUGUACGAUCCAGCCAGAGUACCACUCAACCUCGACGAUACCGGAUGAACAUCUCAAGACGUUGGCCAAUACGUCAUGUCUUAUCUUGUGUCCAGCAGAUGCCGCCUGUAACCCAUCAGAACACGCUUGUUGUCCGCCACAAACAGUCGACGUCUAA